GUGCCCACCGAGUACAAAUUGAUUAACUAAAGCUGUGAACUUUCACGGAUUCGUUGUCAUUUGAACAAUAAGAGAAACGACCCGUCCGGCCAGUCACCAUAUUCUCGAGGCAAUAGCUUUCCUUGAAAAGAUUCUUGCCGUUUUGACAUCAUCAAUUCUUUUGGGCGACAAGUUGAAAUAUGAGCAACUAUUCUAGAUUGUCGGAGCUGGCGGCCCAGAUCCAAGCAUCAACAUGUACAGUUGAUAAGUAUCUCAAAGACCAUAAUCUACCAGCCCCAUCCUUUCACGAAGAUGGUCCUGUAGAUUUUGGGCUGAAUAAGGAAGCUCAAAAGGCCCUAGAAGCAGCAAAAACUUCUAGCCUUGAGCUCUUUGAUCUUCUUCAGGGCCCAGCUGUCGCUCUUAGACCAACGUAUAAUGGGGUUGGUCUCCAAGCAAUAUACCGGUAUGAUAUUGCCUCAAAAGUACCCAUUAAUGGACAAAUUUCAUAUCAGGACCUCUCUACAAAGUGUGGACUUGGUGUCGUCAACUUGCAACGAAUCCUGCGUUUCGCUAUGGUCUGGAAUCGCUGUUUUACAGAGCCCCAGAAGGGGUUCGUGGCCCACUCUGCAGCGUCUAGGGUUCUCGUUGACAACCCUAUGGCCCGGUCAGGCCUUGGUUUCAAGUUUGAUGAAACCUGGCAAGCUUUGGCUCAUACGCUCGAUGCCAUCAGAGAUCAUGGAGAGACUGAAGAUGUUACCAAGACAGGCUGGAGUCAUUAUCACAAAACUGACCAGAGCCUAUUUGAAUAUCACUCAAGUCGUCCAGCGAUGUCCAGUCGUAUGGCCGAAGCUAUGAUGUUUUUUAGCAGCGCUGUGCCAGUAUCAUCUCAAGCAUCUUUUUUGGUCAAUAACUAUCCCUGGGAUACUGUUACCAAAGUUGUGGACGUUGGCGGAGCACAAGGUCACAUUUCUGUCGAACUGGCACAAACCUAUCCCAAACUGGAACUUGUUCUUCAAGACUUGCCGAGCGUGGUUGAGGGGAUUGAAAAAACUUUACCAAAGAAUGUAAAAGACAGGAUCGAAACCAUCGGACAUGAUUUCUUCACUGAUCAAACUGUUCAAGCCGAUGUAUAUCUAUUCAGCCAAAUCUUUCAUAAUUGGCCGGAGGCUCAUUGCAUCAAGAUACUCCGAGCAUUGAUUCCACAGUUGAAACCUGGUGCUCGGGUCAUUUGCUACGACCAUCUGCUCCCAGAGCCUGGAGCAGUACCCAUACUUAAAGAACAAGCUGCGAGGGCUAUGGAUAUGAUCAUGUUUUCUCUCUUUAAUUCUCGCGAACGCGAUGCCGAUGAUUGGGCUACCUUGUUCCAAGCCGCUGAUCCUCGUUUUGGGAAGCCAAAGGUAUGCAUUCCUGAGGGAAGUAACCUAGGUAUCAUAGAAGCGGUUUGGGAAGCAAAGGUUGGACUCGAACAAAAUUAAUCUAUAAUUGGGCUGUCAUUCGCUGGGGGCCUCGCAGAGGAAAUGCUUUACA